AUGUGUUUCGCGAUCGAUCAGAAAAUCAAGUGUCGACGGUAUACCGGGUGGAGCGUGCGGCAAACCAGAGCCGGCAAGAUUAACGAGUGCGGCAAAUAUUGCGGCCAACCCGCCAACGGCCCCACCAUUUCGUUCAGCAGCUUCCGUCAGUCCUUCACCACCAAUGUCAAUUACUUGAAACGGCGGUUCAGCUCCGGGGACCUGUCCUCGGAGUGCGACGAUGUCGACGCCCCCGUGGACCCCUACACCAAGGCGCCCCCUGUUACCGCACAACCGCAGGCUCCUCCACCACCUCCUCCCUCCCAAUCAAACACAAGCGGCGAUCUCUCACUUAACCUACGCAGCGGUUCGAAAACCACCAGUGCCCCCAGUUCGCCAGCCAAGUCCCGCGAGAGUCUUCUGCAAAGGGUUCAAUCCUUGACCGGACAGGCGAGGGACCAAGGGGCGUCCAUCUUGGGGGCGGCAGUUUCCAGUGCCACCCGCGUCACCUCCUCAGUUUCCGGACGUCAUUUGAGCCUUUUGGUCGUCGACGACCAAAACACCGAUUGGAGCAAAUACUUUCGUGGAAAACGGAUCGGGGAGUACGAAAUCAAAGUGGAACAGGCGGAGUUCAAGGAGAUUACGGUUACGGCCACUUCGGAUGGCGCCACCGUAUCAAUGACCGUCACCAGGGGUGGUACCCGGGUAGGAAGAUCUUUUAGACCCGAUUUCUUAUUGGUAAGACAAAACCUCAAGGACGCCGGGGAGGAUCACAAAAAAUUACUUUUGGCCUUCAAACUGGGCGGGGUGCCGAGUAUUAACAAUUUAGAUGCCAUUUACAACUUCCAGGACAAACCUUGGGUUUUUGGUCAUUUAGUCCAACUACAACGCCGAAUGGGCAAAGAGAGUUUCCCACUGAUCGAGCAAACAUUUUACCCCGAUCACACCGAAAUGAUUACCGCUCCUCGGUUUCCGGUGGUGCUGAAAAUAGGACACGCCCAUAGCGGUUUGGGAAAAGUUAAAGUGGAUAACAUCAACGAUUUUCAGGACAUGGCGAGCGUAGUAGCUGUCGCAAACACCUACUGCACCGUCGAGCCGUACAUCGAUUCGAAAUACGACAUCCACGUCCAGAAAAUCGGGUUUAAUUACAAGGCGUUCAUGCGGAAAUCCAUUUCAGGAUGUUGGAAGACGAACACAGGAUCCGCCAUGUUGGAGCAAAUCUCGAUGCCGGAACGAUAUAGAACUUGGGUGGACGAAGUUUCGGAUUUGUUUGGUGGUUUGGAUAUUUGUGCCCUCGAGAUUGUCGUUUCUAAGGAUGGGAAAGAGUAUAUAAUUGAGGUGAACGACAGUGCUCUAACCCUCCUGGGCGACUCCCAAGAGGAAGACAGACGUCACAUCGCAGAUUUAGUAACGGCGAGGAUGCAGGCGAUUUGUAGACCUCGCACGCCCCCUGGUGAGGAGCCGGUACCUCCUCCGGUAGGCCCUAGGAGCAUCUUGAGCAGCAUCAGUAGCCUCACUCAAUCGGAAACACCACCGCCGUCGACCGCUGAGCAUCCCUCUUUGGGUAGUGUGGGCAGGCGAGAUAGCCAAGUCUCCCAGUCGAGUACGGUCAGCAGCGCCCCCAGCGUCCAGGGUCGACUUCCAGACCCCCCACCACGUCCAGGCUUCCAAAGGCAGGGCAGCCAACAGACUUCCGUCGGCGAGGACACUGAGGACACCAUGAAGAAUCUUAGAAAAACGUUCGCUGGUAUCUUUGGCGAUAUGUAAAUUGGGUUUUUAUUUAGAGUGGGUUUUUGUUAGUUUUUGGUUCUUUUAUCUUUCUCUGUGGACCCCAAACAGCUUCAGUAAAGUGAGAACGAAAAUUUUUUUUUGGGUUUCACGGUUUAUUAGAUCAACGAAUGAAUAUGCUUUUUUGCAUCGGUUUUUAUUCUUAAACUUUGUUCAAACGCUGCUUUUGCUCGAGAACCAACUCGAGAGUCGGAAAUCCUACAACUCCGUGGAAAUAUUAAAGAGUGGUGAUGCCAUAGAUUAAGAGGAGCAGUACAGGGAAUUUUUACAUUUAAGGAAAGAUUUCUCCCAUGAAUAUGACGUCAUGAAUCCAAAUAGGAAAAUAUAUUGCAUGCUUAAUUGGGACGAUCAGUCUCGUUAAUUACGGGGAAUUAUUUUAUAAAAAAGGUAAUUUUUGAAAGGGUUGGCAUGACUAACACACUGACAGCUGUCAUUUUUAAUGACAAUUGUCAACAUGUGAAUUAUCACCGUUUAGGACGUAAAUAAUGUAUACACAAAUGAAUGUUACGUAUUUUAUUAGUACGAGCACCACCCUUAUUAUUCAUAAAAUGAUAUUAAAACCAAAUUUUAGGAAAGAAAGGUUAGUAACACUGUCUCCCAAACAAAAGGGAAAUAACAGAGUUGACAGCUGUCAAACUACAUUCACGGUUGCACCCGUAAUAAGUAAUAUAGUCCGGUUCUUACAACUCAUUUAUUAAUUAAGGGAAAUAUUUAGUAACACUCUAUCCCUUUACUUGACGAUAAAAUUUACAACAAUCCUACAAACCUCCCAUAACCAAGACAAAAAUGGCAGUAUUGACCAGUGACACCUGUCAUAUGUGAAUUAUCCCUGUUUGCGCCGUAAUUUUGUAGUAAUUAAUCUUAAUAUGAAUGUAAAUAACGUGUUUCAUCAGAAAAAACUGUGUUUUUAAUUAAAGGGUAUCAUUCUAAGAAAAAUGCAAUUUUGAAUGGUAACACUAUAUCCCGACGACUUUACAACAACCCUACAAACUCAAGUGAAUUAUUUACUUAUGGUUAGGUUCUUAAACCUUAUUAAUUAGUUAAGGAAAGUUGGUGAAAAACGAAAUUGUGGCAAGGAAAACUUGUCAACACUGCAUCUAUCUACUUGGCCACAAAAUUUGCAAUAAUCUUACAAACCUCCUAUAACAAAGACAAAAAUUACAGUAUUGACCAGUGACAGUUGUCAUAUAUCCACAUGUAAUUGAUCAUUGUUUGGAUAGCAAUUAAUCCAAAUACGAAUGGCUAUUACGUGUUUUAUAAGGAAGAGCAGUAACUUAAAACUCUUUUAUUAAUUAAAGGGAAUCAUUCUGUAAAAAAUUAAAUUUUGGUUGGUAUGUAUCCCCACGAAAAUGACAAGUGACAGCUGCCAUUUGUCAAAAGAUACUCAUGCAUGGUCCAGUUCUUAAGCCUCAAUAAUUAAUUAAGGAAACUUAAUGCAAAAUGAAAUUGCUGAAAGGGAAACUUGGUAACACUGCGUCCCUUUACUUGACCAUAAAAUUGACGACAAUUCUACAAACUUGCCAUAAUCGAGACAAACAAUGACAGUAUUGACCAGUGACAGCUGUCAUACAUCAAGAUGUAAAUUAUCCCCGUUUGGGUCGUAAUUUUAAAGUAAUUAAUCCAAAUACAAAUGGAUAUUACGUGUUUUAUUAGGAAAAGUAGUGUCUUAGAAAUGAUUUAUUAUUUAAAGGGAAUUAUUCCAUGAUAAUAAAAACUCCAUAAAAAUGGAAAUUUGGGAAAGAAAGGUUGGUAACGCUGUAUCCCCACGACUUUACGAUAACCCUUCAAAUUCAAGUGAUGUUCACAAGAUAUUCACUGAUGGUACAGCUCCUAAAACUUAUUAAAUACUUAAGAAAACUUUAUGAAAACCGAAAUUGUGGAAAGGAAAAGUUGGUAACACUGCACCCCUAUUUUUUUACCAGAAAAUUUGCAACAAUUCUACAAACCUCCCAUAACCAAGAUAAACAUGACAGGAUUGACCAGUGACAGUUGACAAAAUAUUAAUUAUACCUAUUUGUGUCGUAAUGAAAUCAAAUACAAAUGAUUAUUAGGAAGAGUACUUCAAUUUUUUUAAUAAUUAAAGGGAUUUCUAUGAAAAUGAAAUUUUGAUUCCCACGACUUUACAACAAUCCUAGAAACUCAAGUGACAAGCGACAGCUGUCAUUUGUCAAAAGACAUUCACGUAACAAUCCUACAAACCUUCCAUAGCCAAAGUAAAAAAAUUAUACGAUUGACAAAUGGCAGCUGUCAUUGUUAAGAGUGAUUACUCAUUUGAAAGAGUGAUUACUUAUUAAAAAAGGCGUCACGCCAUAUCGAUAACGUAGAUCACGUAUGCCAAAGAAGAUUUUGAACAAAGGAAUAUUUGAAUUUUCGUUGUUUAGGUCCUAGUUUCCUUCAGUACAAUUUAAUUUUAGAAAAAUAGGGUGUAUUUUGUUGUUGCUUCGAUAUUAAUGUUGUGUGUUAAGUAUUUGCUAAGCAAUACAAAAAAUAACCUGAUGUUACUCACUGCCUAGGGCAAAGGUACUGUAAAGAAUUAUUUUUAAAAAAAUAUUUUUUUUGUUAAAUAAUUUUCUAACAGUACUUAUGUGUUACGUUUUAAAAAUAGUCUCAUGUGUAAAGCUGCUCUCUGUUAACAUUGAAAUAAAUAAUCUAAGUAGACGAUUAAUAUACGAAAGACAAUAUAAUAAUUAAAGGUUAUGCACUUCUUUAUGUGGUAGAAUAGACGAGAAUUAAUAACGCUUAUUCACUUUAUAGGUUAAAAGAUGUUUAGCUUUGCAACGAAUCGUAUAAAUAAAUAUAGAGAAUGGAGCACAUAUAAACCAGAUUUUAUUUUUUAUUUUAACUGAAUUACGAUUUUUUUGGAACAAUAUCCUAACCUAUAUAAUUCCGCUUUAAAUAUACAUAAUCCAUUUAGAACUCAUUAAGUAUACAAAGGUUAUAAGGGUCGAUACCUUUCACGGAAAUAUAAAAGGUUUUUUCAAGUUCAAUUUGGCCCUAUAUCCGUUUAUACAGUAUAUAUUAGCACCAUGGCUGUUUGUACUGUAUAUAAUUAUAUAAACUGUUAAAUACUCGUUGUUAUAUACCUACUUAUUUCAUUGUCAAUAAAUAUAUAUCAUUCAUAGUCACAACAUUAAAGCUAGGUAUUAUUAUUAUUAUUAUUAGAUUUUACAUGAUGUAGUUUGUAACAUGAUAAUGGUAUUAUAAUAAUUAGAUUCAUUCUGCUUUGUCUCUGUUGUUUUGUUAAAAUGUGCAGUAAAUGUUUUAAUUUGGCCUAAAAGCUGCCAUGUACUAAAUUUUUGUUAUGCACAAAUUUUUAAUUAAUGAUUUUAUCGAACGGAGACAAAGUGAGUUAUAAGGUUGUGUAGUUGUUCCGCUUAAUAAA